GUAACGGCACCCCGCAGCCGGCCCCGGGCGGAGCCGUCGGAGCCGCGCGCCGCGGCCGAGCAGGAGCCCCGGCCGCGCGGGACCAGGCCAAGAUUUUGGGCUUGACCCCGUGCCAGUGGGAGCCAUCGAUGGUUUUGGAAGAGGAGACUGAGUGAUCUGAGCCCUGCUUCCGAGUACCUAGCACCCUGCUGAGCCUGACAGGCUCCCAGGGCCCCCAGGCCGGGAGGGACCCCUGGUGCCAGAAGACCUUCUCCCACUUGUCCAUGUGGGCACCUGAAGUGAGGGAAGAGCCAGCUGAAUGCACAUAAGCACAGCAGGACACCAGGUCUUGACUGGAAGAUUGUUCCUCUCCUGUCUGCGGGACUUCUCAGAGACUGCUCUGCGAUGACCACAGCAAGGUACCGGCCCACCUGGGACCUGGCCCUUGACCCACUGGUGUCUUGCAAGCUCUGUCUUGGGGAGUAUCCGGUGGAGCAGAUGACAACCAUAGCCCAGUGCCAGUGCAUCUUCUGCACGCUGUGCCUGAAACAGUAUGUUGAGCUCUUGAUCAAAGAGGGAUUAGAAACUGCAAUCAGCUGCCCAGAUGCUGCCUGCCCUAAGCAGGGCCACUUGCAGGAGAAUGAGAUUGAGUGCAUGGUUGCAGCUGAAAUUAUGCAAAGAUAUAAAAAGCUACAGUUUGAAAGAGAGGUGCUCUUCGAUCCCUGUCGCACUUGGUGCCCGGCGUCCUCCUGCCAGGCUGUGUGCCAGCUGCAGGACCUGGGGCUGCAGACCCCGCAGCUGGUGCAGUGCAAAGCCUGCGACAUGCAGUUCUGCUCCACCUGCAAAGCCAGCUGGCACCCCGGCCAAGGCUGCUCAGAGACCAUGCCGAUCACCUUCCUUCCCGGGGAGACCAGUUCUGCUUUCAAAGUGGAAGAGGAUGACGCGCCCAUCAAGCGCUGCCCCAAGUGCAGGGUGUACAUCGAGCGCGACGAGGGCUGUGCUCAGAUGAUGUGCAAGAGCUGCAAACACGCCUUCUGCUGGUACUGCCUGGAGUCCCUGGACGAUGAUUUCCUCCUGAUACAUUAUGACAAAGGACCCUGUCGGAACAAGUUGGGCCACUCCCGGGCAUCUGUGAUCUGGCAUCGGACACAGGUUGUGGGCAUUUUUGCUGGAUUUGGGCUCCUGCUCCUGGUGGCCUCACCGUUCCUGCUCCUGGCUACUCCCUUUGUGCUCUGCUGCAAGUGCAAGUGCAGCAAAGGCGAUGAUGACCCGUUACCCACCUAGAGCAGGCUCGGUGCUGGAACACGACCCCGGCCUCCAGGAAGUGCGGCUCUCCCCACCCUGCCCUGCUGCCCCCUCACUAAACAUCUUUCUUGCCUUAUGUGCCCCAUUGAGCUUCACAGUGUCAGGCUGAAUGCCAUGAUUUCAGGGACUGGUGUCAGAAGGUUUGCCGAGGCCCCGGGUGCAGUCAUCUAGGCAUGGGGACGUGGGGAGGCGAGGCAGGCACUGGCAGGGCACGUCCUCGAGUCGGUCUGCGAUGUGACAGGGAAGUGCAGUCUGGGGGCAGCUCACCGGGCAGCCUUCUCCCUGUGGCAGUAGACUAGGAGUGUCUGGUGGUGGCUUAAGAGACCUCAUGCAGAAUGAAGCCCGUCUCCUCGGCUUCAGGAUGGCGCCGUGUUGUUGCGAGAAAUCUUUUAAGAAUUACAACUCUCUUCCGACAGAAUCCGAUUAUUCCAGCUUGAGAACAGCACUCUGUUUAUGACAACUCUUUUUAUUACUAAUGGCAUUUAGUAAAAUCAUUUUUAGAUAGUAUUUUUUUGUUCUUUGUUUUUUUGUGUUUUUUUUCAACUGACUUGUAAAAAUGAACAAGGUGCAUAUAAACCAGCCUAUGCCUUUCUUGAAAUGUGUAUUUUGAGAAGUUGUGGUUAAAUGACUUUUCUGGCUUGGCCACUUUUCAGGAGAUUUAGAAAGCCUUAUGCGCUCUUUGUGUUUUUCUUGAAACUUGCUGUAAUAACUUUUCGAACGCUGUAAGCUGUGUACUGUUUUAAAUAUGGUUUCUCUAUUGCUGCGUUUCUUUGAAAAUAUUGACAUGUUUAAAGGAACAUCUCCAUUAGAUUUGCUUUUUGUUUCUUUCUCUCUUUGUUGAUUCAGCUCAGCUCCCAGGACUCGUCCCUUCUCACCCAGAUAGUGGCAAAGACUGUUUAAGUUCUUCAGACCAAAUGUUUUACUUGGAAAUAGUUCUCCUCGGAAUCACUCUGGCAUGGCCUCUUGCCCCAGUCUUCCAGUAGACAGUAAGAAAACAGCAGUGCUAUUGAUCCUGGCAGAGGCUGGUGGGCUCCAGGGCGCUGGGGAGGAGCUUCCUGGAUUUUCACAUGUUUUAAAUGCUUUAAUUAUUUUGAAAAAUCAUAUACCUUACACAGUUCCAAGUCCCUUACUAACCUUUUUGCCAUGGCUGGGAAAAAGCUUCCAUCUCACUAAAUUAUUCCGAUGUGGGGAUCUUACCACUUGGUCUUUUGCAGGGCUGUGUGUGACUCUCUCUAUGGCAGCAAAAUGCAUGGAUCGAUAAGAAGACACACAUCGCUCCAUCAGUUGACAUUGAAAAGUAGAGAAAGUGUAUUCUUUAAAGAAAGUUGACUUUCAAAGGCACAUGUGCUUCUAAGGAGCAAAAGGCAAAUGUAGAUUUAUUAUGGUGUCAUUUCUUAAAAUGUGUUAAUAAGCAUUCUACAAAGAAGUAAAACAAAAACAGAAUCCUUUUAUCUCAGUUAUUUGCUCAUAGCAAGCACAUUUUUAAAAUGUGGUGAUUUUGUGUGUAUUUGACUUCUACAUUUGUGUAUCAGUGUCAGGUCUUAGUUUACCUUCCCUGUGGAGAAAUUUCUUCUUUAUUACCUAAUAUUAAAUAGGUGAGAAGAAUCAGCAUCAUCUCACUCUUCACCCAGUUUUGAUUUUCUUUAUGACACUGAAGCCAUUUAGAAAAUCAAUCUGUGUCAAAUUUAUUUUCAAAAUGUUCCUGUAAUUGUAAUAUAAAAGUUUAGUAAAUAAGAACAUGCCUGAAACAUCUUUCUGGAUGAGGUUUGAGAUACUGCGAUGGGGUCUAGUGGUAGAAUGGCUUUUCAGCCUGCAAAUUGUGGGUGCAGUGGUCUGGCCAGUGCCCUUUAAAAUGCCUAUCAGAGAUGGCAGGCCAUGACCCUAUUUCCAUUGGCCCAUGGAGCAGGAGUUUAUGACACCCCAGACCCUCCUGCCUGUAAUACCUGCUGUCCACUGCAUGAGUCCAUUCAGUAGAACCCUGUCCUUCGGGUGGGAGUCAGAGAUUCUGGAAAGCUUGCAUCCCCAGGGCUAGCACUCAGAUCCCCUUAUUCCUGGAGGGACAAGAUUUCCUUCUAUCUUGGGAGAGUCUUUGGCUCAAUCAUGAACGUCUGUAGCCCCAAACAUCCUUGUGCCUUCAGUCCGAUGUGUCUCACAAGCAUAUGGUGUGACCCAGGUAGGGACCACAGAGAUCCUGGGGCCAGCCAGGAGCAGUCAAAUUAGCACCUACCUGCUCUUACUUUUUGUAUCAAGCAUGCCUGUUUCCUCAGUUUGGUUUAGUAACGCAGUUAAAAUUCUUCACUCCGUAUCAAAAUACCAGCAGGGUCACAUAGAGGUGCAUAAACUUGCAUUUUCCCCUGCCAGACUGCUUUUCUUUGCGUGAGGAAUGCCACUACCAUUGUUUAUGGUGAUGCGGGAUCACGUGCUUACCGUACAACGUAAAUAGAAACAGGAGGAUGCCCUGGACUUCACCUUGGUCUUGCUGCCGCUCCCCAGUGAAACGUGGGAGUGGACGGAUUCACGCCUCCGAUCCGGUGUGGUCUGUCUUAGUUGAAAAAUGACAUUCACUUUUUUAGUCUGAUGUCCUGGAAGCACAGAUGUUUAUUUAUUUAGAGGCCUUUAAAUCCUGGGGAGCAGAGGAAGGAGGCCCUUAGGGAGGGACUGUUCCACUGUACUGCUGUGCCAUCGGGGUGGCUGCUGAGGACAUGCUGACCUAGAGGUUAUCUGAGGCCCUCUGGUAACUGACUGUGCUAUGAGAUUUUACUGGACGUACCUGAUGUCACACGAGGCCAGCGCCUUCAGAGAUGGAGUCACCGUGGCUGUUCAUGGAGCAGAGACUGACUUAGCAUCUGAGCAGAAAUGAAGCCUUUAGCAUGAAUCUCUGUCCAAGUCCGUUUUUCCUUCAUCACCUCCCAGAAGAAGCUACACACUGAGGGACCAACAUCUGCCACCUCUGACAUCUUCUCAAAGGAGAACAAAUUCUCUUUACAACAUAUUAUUCCAUAAAACUGUUUUAGGACCCAGGCCAAUUCCUGAUUCGAACACAGGGCCCGAGGGGAGGGGGAUUAUCAGAGAUGCAAAAAUUCCUUCCAGAUGAGUUUAUCUUUUUCACUUAGAUUACAAAAAUUCAAAGAUAUUUAAUAAAUUAGGACAGCAAAUUUUCCCUUGGUAGUCUUUAAUAAAUUAGGGGAUUGGAGAGAACCAGGGUAGGCGUUUGCAUAUUUCUCAGAUUCUCAUUUAUUAAUAAAUACACCAGUUUGUGUGUGUAUACAUACAUAUGUACAUGCAUAUGAUUCCCAAGAAAAUCAAGGGAAAACAUUUCGCACGUAUAAAGCUUCAUGAAGUUCUUUUAAAAAUACCAAAGUUUCUUUAUUCCUUAUGAUUAACUCAAGCCCUUAUGAAAAUAAACAAAAUGAAGAGAUUAUGACAGGUAUUGCCACACACACCAAAUGGAUUGCAGGGUCCUGCAUUACAGUACAACUGCCGAUGCGCCACAGCCAGAAGAGCGCGCAGUCUCAGUCUGUACGACCUGUGGUCUCCCCGCCCUCGGCUUGUGUAGUCCUGCCUUCCACAGCGUGGGAGCCUUCCUGGGGGACAUGCGUGCCACAGGCCUGGCCUCUUCUUCUCUGCUCACUUUACCAUGGGUGUAUUUUAAUCUUGUAUAAAGAUACGCAUGAAUGAGUCAUGCAUAUGUAGACAUUCUGUAUUUGACAAGUGGUGGUAAAACAAAAACAAAACAAAUUUGGUUUGUGUUUUUGAAAUGUCAGUACAUUUUGUGCCACUAACACUGUGAUGUAUAAAAGCGCUGUUUGAAUGCCUUUUAAUGUUGUGUUUUGUACUUUGGAAUCCUAUGGAA